ACCGAGCUCUGCUUCUUUUUCGGAGCUGCUGAGCCACCAGGUUCCAACGAUGCGGUCGGCUUGCGGUUGACCUACGAGGCGGCCCAAAAGGCGACACUCCCCUGCUUUUAAGGUGACUGUGCCCGUGGAUUGGGGUGUGUGCGUUUGUGCUACGACGCGGUCGAGAAUGACAACCACCUCCACCCUCGUUGGAGUGCCAUAGGGAAUUUUGUGGACCGGGUGUCUUGGUAUGGCGGCGAAAGAUGCCAAAGAGUACGGGAGGAGUGACAGCUAUCGUGUGGCUGUCAACCCCAGAGUCCCAGACGAUGGCAGGACACCAGAUGGCAGGCCGAAAGGCCGGCGGAAGGCGGGGAAGAAGGAAGAUCUUGAUGACCUCAAGCAAGAAGUUUCGAUGGACGAGCACAAGAUUCCAGUUGAAGAACUAUACGCACGACUCGGGACAAACCCAUCCACAGGUCUCACAUCACAACAAGCUAGGGAAGUUUUUGAAAGGGACGGCCCCAACUCUCUAACGCCUCCUAAGAAAAUCCCGGAAUGGGUUAAAUUUUGCAAGAACCUCUUUGGUGGUUUUUCUUUACUACUGUGGAUUGGUGCAGUACUUUGCUUUAUUGCAUACUCCAUCCAAGCCGGCACAUUGGAAGAGCCAUCUGAUGACAAUUUGUACCUUGGAGCAGUGUUGGCCAUUGUAGUUGUUGUCACUGGUUGCUUCUCCUACUACCAAGAAGCCAGGAGUUCAAAAAUUAUGGAGUCUUUUAAAAACAUGGUCCCACAGUAUGCUGUGGUGAUCCGUGACGGUCAAAAGUUAAACCUUCCCGCAGAGGAGGUGGUAGCGGGAGACAUAGCAGAAGUGAAAGGAGGCGACCGUAUUCCAGCUGACAUGAGAGUCAUCCAAUCCCAAGGGUUUAAGGUAGACAACUCUUCGCUCACCGGAGAGUCUGAACCGCAGACACGUUCCCCAGAACUGACCAACGACAACCCCCUGGAAACGAGGAACCUGGCUUUCUUCUCUACCAACUGUGUGGAAGGUACUGGCUUGGGAGUGGUUAUCAACACCGGAGACCGGACUGUUAUGGGACGUAUUGCCAACUUGGCUUCUGGACUGGAGAUGGGAGAGACCCCCAUUGCCCGUGAAAUUGCUCACUUCAUUCACCUGAUCACUGGAGUGGCUGUGUUCCUUGGUGUAACGUUCUUUGUCAUUGCAUUCAUCUUGGGCUACCACUGGCUGGAUGCCGUCAUCUUCCUAAUUGGCAUCAUUGUGGCUAACGUCCCAGAAGGUCUGCUGGCUACUGUGACAGUAUGUCUGACCCUCACUGCCAAACGUAUGGCUGCUAAGAACUGUCUCGUGAAGAACUUGGAAGCUGUAGAGACCCUAGGAUCCACCUCAACAAUUUGCUCUGAUAAGACUGGAACACUGACUCAAAAUCGUAUGACAGUAGCCCACAUGUGGUUCGACAACCAGAUCAUCGAGGCUGACACGACUGAAGAUCAAUCAGGUGUUCAGUAUGACAAGACAUCUUCAGGAUGGAAAGCCCUUUCACGCAACUGCUGCCUCUGCAGUCGUGCUGAGUUUAAAGCAGGCCAGGAAAAUGUGCCCAUUCUGAAACGAGAAUGUGCAGGUGAUGCUUCAGAGUCUGCUAUUCUGAAGUGCAUGGAACUGGCGAAGGGUAAUAUUGCUGCGUACAGACAGAGGAAUCCCAAAGUAUGCGAGAUUCCGUUUAACUCUACAAACAAGUAUCACGUAACUGUACAUGAGACUGAAGACCCGGACGACCCUAGCUACAUCCUCUGCAUGAAAGGUGCUCCAGAACGAAUCCUGGACCGCUGCUCAACAAUAUACAUCGACGGAAAAGAGAAGGUGCUAGAUGAGGAGAUGAAGGAAGCCUUCAACAACGCCUACCUGGAAUUGGGUGGUUUGGGAGAGCGUGUAAUUGGUUUCUGUGACUAUGUGCUACCAACAAAGGACUUUCCUCCUGGCUACCCCUUUGAUGCUGACGAACAGAACUUCCCUCUUACUGGACUUAGAUUCUUGGGCCUUAUCUCUAUGAUUGACCCUCCACGUGCUGCUGUGCCAGAUGCCGUAGCUAAGUGCCGAAGUGCAGGGAUUAAGGUUAUCAUGGUCACUGGUGACCACCCCAUCACUGCCAAAGCUAUUGCCAAAGCUGUGGGUAUCAUUUCGGAAGGCAACGAGACGGUUGAAGAUGUUGCUCAGAGGCUCAACAUCCCUGUAGAAGAAGUAAACCCAAGGGAUGCGAAGGCAGCGGUUAUCCACGGUUCAGAAUUGCGAGACAUCACUAGUGAACAACUGGAUGAUAUUCUCAGGCACCACACAGAGAUUGUAUUUGCCCGUACAUCUCCUCAGCAGAAGCUGAUCAUUGUGGAAGGAUGUCAACGCCUGGGUGCUAUUGUAGCUGUGACUGGAGAUGGUGUGAACGACUCUCCUGCUCUGAAGAAGGCUGACAUAGGAGUUGCUAUGGGUAUUUCUGGAAGUGAUGUCAGUAAGCAAGCUGCUGACAUGAUCCUGUUGGAUGACAACUUUGCAUCAAUCGUCACUGGUGUAGAGGAAGGUCGCCUGAUUUUCGACAACCUGAAAAAAUCUAUUGCCUACACUCUUACAAGUAAUAUUCCUGAAAUCAGUCCUUUCCUGUUGUUCAUCUUGGCUGAUGUACCCUUGCCACUUGGCACUGUGACCAUCUUGUGCAUUGACUUGGGAACUGACAUGGUCCCUGCUAUUUCCCUUGCGUAUGAGAUGCCUGAGAGUGACAUUAUGAAGCGCCAGCCCAGAGACCCCUUCAAGGACAAGCUUGUGAAUGAGAGAUUGAUCUCUAUAUCCUAUGGUCAAAUUGGGAUGAUGCAAGCUGCUGCUGGUUUCUUCGCAUACUUUGUGAUCAUGGGUGAAAACGGUUUCUGGCCAAGCAAGCUGCUCGGCAUCCGCAAGUACUGGGACUCCAAAGCAGUUAACGACCUUAUGGACUCAUACGGUCAGGAAUGGACAUACAAGAACCGCAAAGCCCUGGAAUACACUUGCCACACUGCUUUCUUUGUCUCCAUUGUAAUUGUACAAUGGGCUGACUUGAUAAUCUGUAAAACCAGAAGGAACUCUAUUGUCCACCAAGGAAUGAGGAACCACGUUCUAAACUUUGGUCUGGUGUUUGAGACUGCCUUAGCUGCGUUCCUUUCGUAUUGCCCAGGAAUGGACAAGGGCCUCAGGAUGUACCCUCUCAAGAUCAACUGGUGGCUGCCUGCACUGCCAUUUUCCUUGCUGAUCUUUGUGUAUGAUGAAAUCCGUCGCUUCAUCCUACGCCGCAAUCCCGGUGGUUGGGUGGAGAUGGAAACUUACUACUGAACAUUGCCCAUGCAUAGUCACGUUCUUUUUUACCAUCACUUCCUUUUUUUGUGCGGGCACGGAGAAACCUCUGCAGCCUGGCCUAGUGUUGCUAGAAAUGCGUUGCACCUUCAUAGCCGGGGAAGAGUGUCUGUCGAAAAGCACGGGUUGGGAGGGGGGGCGGGUUUCUCUCGCAAGUGUGCUGCUGCCCCAUCUCCCACGGGAAUGUAGUUAUGUAACAAGUUUUGGUGUAGAUACUGUUUCACUUUUGUGCUUUUUCUUUAUCAUCCCAUCAUUGGUCAAAUUUUGUCAUGCAGUUGUACCAUUUUCUCAUUACCAUUUUUUUAGGAAGGGAUAUAAGAACUCUAGGUAUUGAAAUUGGUUUUUGGGUGAAUCCUACACACAUCGCGGCAGUUCACAGUCGAGUCAAAGUGAACAUUCCAGGUCUCCCCCGGUCGUCCCCUCCCCCACCCUUCACACUUUUUAGCCUUCUGUCAAAACGUCUGUCUAGAAGAGAGAGAAAACAAUGCUUAGAGGGGAAAUGAGAUCUUUGUUGUACAAUUAACUUUGCACCCGGUGCAUCUAUAGGAAAAAAGAUCCUUCAACAUUUUUGGUAGACUGUAUUGUAGAGACUUCAACAACUAGGAAGUGGUGAGGCUGUAGCAGAUGCCGACAUUGAGGUAAACUUUUACUAACUUUCGUGGUGAGUUGUUUAACUGUAGCAUACAAAGAACCCAUAAUAGGUUUUCUCGUACCUUAUUUUCUGAGCAUGUGACCUAGCCUGUCUAUUUGAGUGUAGAGAGAGGUAUAGUGUGCUUUAUCAGUUCAAGUGCUUUGCAACUAACUUGUGUCGCUUAAACCGUUUUUAAAAGGUGUCUGAUUUAUCAUGCUGCUUCUAUAAUAAAAGAAAAGCUUUCCUGUCUUCUGAACAUGGAACUCUUGGCCCAUUCUCAUUGAAGGGCCUCCUAACUCUUGGAAGCAGUUUACACACAUACAUAUACACAUCUUUGUUGAUUUUGAGAAAUUUUAGUUGCAGAAUAUCUGUUGGCAGAACAGCAUUUUCCAUCCACAGAGUCCUCCAUACGUUACAUUUUGUCAUGCUGGACAUGUAUAGUCAGAGUAUUGCCCUAGAAUGGUGUAAAGAACGUAUAUAUAGGUAUAUAAAUAUGUACUGAUUACAAUUUUGUGUCCACUUUGUUGCUUCGUUUAAUAUUUUUUGUUUAGAAAAGGUGCAGAGAUGUGUGCAAAGGGAUAAUGGUACAAAACUGUAAUCUUUGCAUAAGAAUGGGAGAUUUUUACUGGUACUAUACUUAGCACACAUUUUUAUUGCAAAGAGAACAUGGAGAGUAGCUGGUUGAAAUAAAGGACAUCUUUGGUUUGUGCCGAGUGGAUACAUGACCAGUGUACGCUUAUACUUGAAACAUUUUCAAAACUGACUGUUCAUCAGAGUUAUUCAUUCAGCCACAGGUGCUAGUUGAAAUAAACCUAGAAAUUGCUUUUGAGCAUCUGUAUUCAGAGGCAAAAAAACUUCCUCUCAUGGCUUACAUGAAGAAUGCUGCUGUUAAAUGUUGUGCAGCAGUCAUACCUUUUGCUUAAAGGUGCACAUCCAGAGAGUAGUGCAUCGCUAGAUAUUUGCAGGUAAGUUGGUGUGUUAUACAAAUAUAGGUACUGUUCCAGAGUGUUUUAUCUUCUCACACUGUGAAUCUGAUUUGUACCAAUAUGUUGCAUAACUGCUGAAAAUGUUUUCUGAAACUGCAACCUUAGGUCAAAGCAAUUCAGGUGGAUAGUAGCUGCAAUAUCUUAUGUUCCAUAGAAAUGUUUGAAGUUAUAUGACUAAAUAAAGGUUCUUGAAUAAAAUGUGUA